UGACUACUAUAAUAUGUACGUUCAAUUUACCCUGUAUACAAAUAAUAUACAUCUGAAAUAUAUUUUAGACGAUAUACAAAAAUAUUUGUUCUCAAGUUAAAAAAAAAUUUUUUGUCGAAAAAAAUUUUUUACGCAUCGUCAUACUUGGCGAAUGCUUUCGACUUUUUUAUGCUAAAGAAUUAGAGAUUUGGUAGUUAUUCAUAACAGUAAAAUCGGUAGUGUUAGACGUUAGUGCGGAAGGUUCGAUUUAACAAGUGAUUUACUUUAUCAAACAUUGUGAAAAGUGUUUUGAUUAGAGUUAUAAUUUAUUCACAAUAAGAAUUGUGCCCGAAAUAUCGGUUUUCCAGAUAUGCGAACUAAUUAGUUAUAAGAAAAUAUACCGUGUGCUUGAAUUCAUCUCACGUGUUGGAAUUAAAAGAAUCAAAUUUUAAAUACAUAAGUGAAUUUGACAUUUUUAUUGGUGAACAUACUCAGAUACUUGAAACAUUCGUCUUGGUCAAAGAAUGGAAUUAAAUCGCGAUAAUUUUCGUGCCAUGAUUUUCUAUGACUUUCGACGUAGACCAAACUGACAGCAAUGUGCUGAUCAACUCGCUUCGUCUGUUGGUGAUGAAGCACAUCUCGAGCCAACGUGUUUCGCUGGUUUUCCGAAUUCAAUCAUGGUCGCACUUCUCUACAGAAUGAAUCCCAUAUUUUAACUAAGCUGGAAUUUCUGGAACUACUGGUGAUAUUCAUCCUGAACACACUACCACUACACCAACACUCUUAAUUACACUGUCUGACGCGCGUUUCGAUAAAUGUUGGAGUGGAGUUGCGUUUGCGGCAACCUCGCACAAUGCAGGAGAUUUGGGAAGCUGAAACAGCUGAAAAUUUAGUUGUGCGGCAAAUCUUGAUGCGAGCGGACGGAGACGUAGACUCAGUAAUUUUGAAAUUGUACGUCAUAAUUUUCGUAAAGUGGCCGGUGAAAAUUAUUUCCAUAUAUUUUUAUCGGGAUAAAAGUGUUUAUAGUUUUAUUGAAUCGGUUUUUCGGAGGUAUCUUUAUAACUUUCAGUCAACCGAUCAUUUCCAGACCGAAAUAUUUUCAUUACGUAGUGCUAAAAAUAGUUUCAUUCAAACAAAAGUGCUAAUGUCGGUGAAGUGCUGAGUGCUGUUAAAUUCACUUUAAAGUUUAUUUUUCAAAGAACGUGGAGUUUAUUGAGUUUAAUUGUGUUUUAGUUCUUAUUUUGGAUGAAAGUGUUCCUGAUGAUAUCUGUAAAAUGGGAAGGAUUAUUUUUAUGGGGAGCAUCACAUCUGCUGUUAUUUAUCUAUGUAUUUCUACUCACCUUCACCGUCAGUGGUAGUUCAGUUUCAACACAACUUGUUCCCAGAAAAGGCAUCGGUGAUAGAUUACCCAGAGAUACGACAGAAACGCCUGUCACUCUUAAUCUUUUUCCGGAGGAACCAGUUCAAGAAGCUUGUAAGCCAUUUGUCAAUGUCACAAAUAACCAAUUUUUCAGCCCGGGAUAUCCUGGCGAAACUUACACGAAUAAUACGAAUUGUUUCCUUGUGGUUCAAGCUCCUCCAGGAUAUCUAGUGAAACUAGAUUUUCGGGAUUGGUUUGAAUUAGAAUCCAGCCCAGGAUGUAAACACGAUUAUCUAGAAGUACGUGAUGGUGCUCAUGGCUUCAGCAACUUACUCCAUAAUCUAUUUUGUGGUAGGAAUUUUCCUCCAAUGAUAACAUCGAGUGACCGCUAUCUCUGGAUCCAUUUUAGAUCUGAUGAAAAUAUAGAAGGCAAAGGCUUCAGGGCAGUGAUCGAGUUCAUAGAGCGGCCGGCUAAUUUGAGAAUACCAGAAGCUAUACCUUGCGUUAUGACUAUUGAGAACGAAGUGGAAGGAGAAUUUGGUAAAGCCGAUAUAGAUAACAAUACGAUGGAUUUUUACAAAGACAAUGACAUGCCUAUUGAUUGUCUCUGGUCAAUUACAGUUGAAGAAAAUUGGAAGAUAUAUCUUCAGUUUUCCGAAUUCAGCUUGGAAAAACCCAACGACUGUACUAUGAACUUCAUUCAGGUAUUUUCUGGUAAAACUGACAUGUCUAACAUUGACCAGGAGUUUUGUGGCUCAGUAGCUGACACGGUAAAUUCUAAAGUAAAUCGGAUGUUUGUCAGGUUUUUCUCGGAAUCAAAAGGAACGAAAACUCUUUUCCAAGCGAAUUUUACGGCUUUUAGAGAGCAAGGCACAGCUAAAAAUGUGAAGUGCAAUGAAGGAAAAGAAUUUGACUGUGAAGACGCUACGUGCAUCGAUAUUAGUUUGAAAUGUAAUGGCAAAUAUAAUUGUCGAUUUCGGUGGGAUGAAGAUGAUUGUGUGACCUCCCAAUCGAUGACGUGGUCAGGAGAACACAUUAUUAUCAUCAUGGUGAUAUUUUCUUUAAUACUGACUGGAAUGUGUAUAACAUUCAUAUAUAAUUGUAUAACUAAACUAAUUAGGGAUCAUCGGACAAUACAGGAAUAUAUUCGUCAAAGCCGUGAGCAGCAACUCAACGAAUUAGAAAAACAGGACAACGGCGACAAAAGAUCGUCGAAGUCUCGUUCGCGGAGUCAUAGUUCACCCAGUGUUGAUUCAUCUAAUAGAUAUGACGCCGACGUUAAUGUUGCUACAUCCGUAGCUCCGUGCUACGUUCCAGGCGGCGACGUCCUUCCAAUUCUGAUCAGGAAUGAACACAGUAUGAGCCCUUCAAACGGGGACGCUUACAAUACCAAUAUCUAUACGGUGGAUAGUGAUAUUAUUCCACAAAUGUGCGACACGGCUUGUCAAACACGUGAAAGCCUCUUCACCACUCAAGGUUACAGCUCUGGAAACUCCACACCUAGUCACAGUAUUCACACAAACUCCCCACCAGCACCUUUCAGCACAUUUGGCUAUAAAAAAGAAGCCAAAUAUAAAGCUGAAGCAAAAAUCGAAAUGAAUAAACACGAAGAUAAAAAGCGUCCUUAUAGUGUACAAACGACGAAAUCAGCUCCAGAUGUCAUCGUUACUCACUGACAAAUGCAAAAAGCCGCUUGGGAACCAUAUCGAAGACGGUACCCUCGGCAUUCUGGUACUCAUGUCUCCUUCCAGGAGACUUUAGGAACGGAAGGGACUCAAACGUAUGAAACUGAUUUUUAUACAUAAAACAUGUAGGACAUAUUCUAAUGAUAAUGAAUAUCUAUAUGAUUUAAAUUGUGAAAGGUAUGCAGGUGUUAACCAAUUUUCAACGUUGUGUUAUUCAUUUACAUAUUUCAAAAUUAAUAAUUUAAAUAAUUAUAGCAUAAUUUUUGAAUAUUUGAUGAAUUUUUUGUUAUUAUUUUGUUGUUUUUGAAAUUGCAAGCAAAACUUACAAAAAAAGUUACUUUUAAUAUUUUAAUUUAUAAUUAAAAAAUUAGAUUUGAACGUUUCAUUUUUUUAGAACUUUCUUCAUAAACGAAUAUGGAAGAAAUUUUUAUGGUGAUUAUAAUUAUUUAUUCAUUAUUCUUUCAAAAUCAAAUACAAUAUUGAUAAAUAUUUAAUAAUAGAACUAUUCUGUAUAUUUCGUUUUUCAUCAUUACUUCCAAUAAUCUUGGAAAAUUCAUUGUAGAACCUCCGCCAAAACUACAAUACUCAAUUUAUUGAACCACAAUACGAGCUAUCAUAAAGUAAUAAAAAAAAUUUAUAAAACAUACAACGUUCAGUUUUUUAAAAAAAGCUAUCUACAUAAUAAAAAAAAUUAAAACUGAUUUACCUAGUAAAAACAUAUGUUUUUAUUUCUUUGUUUGUUUUAAUAAUUCAACUGUUGUCAGUGUCAGUAUCAUGUUUAGCUCCUAUAACCGAACGAAAAAGGAUAGGGAAUUCUAAGGGUGGUAGGUUACUGUGAUAAAGAAACAUUAGUUUAAUCGAACGAAACAAUAUGGUGAAAGAACUAUAAUUGCUUGAAGCAUAAUAGGCAGAAUUGUGGCAAAAUUUCAUGAUCGUGUAGGAUGCUCCAAAAUCUGGUACACCAAAAAUAAGCGACAAUGAUUUGCUGUCAAUAAAAGACAACCCUACGCAACUAUUGACUCAGAAAUUUCAGAAGUAGUUUGUGAUAAAGGUUUUUAGGAAAGAACAAUUCAACCGGUUCAUGAGCUUUUAGGAAAAAAUCUGGACAAACUUUUGGAAUUUUGUGAAAUCUUUAUACGGCAUUGUGAUGGAAAUCAAAAUUUUCUUAAUUGUGUGGUAUUAUCUGAAAAGGUUACGGUACAGUAAAUCGACACAAUUAUCGGUAAUAGGCUCAUGGAAAUCCCUAUUCUACUAAAAACACAACCAGCGCCCUCAAAAAAUUAAAGAUUGAGUAAAAUUCGUCAUGUGAAGAUUUGUUUAACAAUAUUUUUUUCACAGAAACUAAUAGAUUAGGUUAUACUAUAUAGUUCACAUUUCAUCAAGGCAACUCAACACAGAUAUCAGCUUCAUCAUAAGAUUUAUUGAAAUCAGUAUAGCCAAAACUUUUUUUACAAACUUCUCAUCUAUUUACCUACCCAACCAAUUGAAAAUUUAAGGUAUCUUCGAUACAGAAAACACGGAAAAGGGUACAUACGAUUACAGACUAGAUACAAACACCGGUGUGGUGUGGUUUGUGGUUAGCAUGACAACAGUGUGAUGACAAUUCUGUCUAAUUUUUGUUCAGUGACGCCUCAUUACCUAAUCCAAAGGUAAGUACACCCAGAAACUGUCAUGGGUGACGUUGACCACUUCGAAAAAACAGUUUUACCUAUUGAAUUCACAAGGCUUUUUAAAACGCAUGACAUUUGCAUCGUCAAGAAGGAAGGAUAAAUUAAGUUAAGAAUAUAUAUACCUUUCAACCUUCUAGUGAAAAAGAAUAUUAAACGCGACCCAGUAAAACAAAAUCCCAACAGGAUUUUCCAUUUAAGAUGUAACGGUACAAACAAAUAAAUUGUUUGUUAAAUAAAACAAUUCCGUUGAGGAGAUGUUAAAAAGAGAGUUCAAAUUUUUUGUAAUAGAGGCAACAUAAAAUUAUAGAAACAGAUUUCCAUAGUAUGUAAAUUUCUAUUAAUGAGUAAACUAAUACUUUCCAGCACUUCUUUUCUACUUUUAUACAUUUAGAAAAACAUUUCAUAUUUUCUAAUCUAAUAUGAAAGUUAACUUCCUAAUAAUUAGUUAUCAUCAAUUAAUAUUUUCUGAUAAUCAGUAGAAAUUAGAAAAAAAAAUAAAUAGUUACAGUAGUAUGUGGGUUAAUAAAAAUUAUGCUAAACAAAAUGAUUGUUGCUUGAUCGAAUUCAAGAAAUUGGUGAUAGUUUAUAGACUCAGUAAUUUCAAGUUCAAGCUUUUGUUGUAUUCUAGAUGCUAUCCGCCAUAGAAAAUAAAUCCAUCAGUCAAAACAGAUGUUGAGUUAAAUAUUUCUCUUGUGAAGCGAGUUUUCAAUGUCAUCUUAUCACUAUUCAGUUAUAGUAACUUUUACCAUGGUAAACUAAAUAUUAUUACAAUAGGAAAAGCCUAGAGUUUGUUCUAAAUUUUCCCAAAAUGACCACUGUUCUUUAGAUUCAAAUACCACCAACAUCAAGUAAUCUAUUUCCGAUUUAUAUGGACAGAUCACCGAUAUACCUCAAACUUCAAACUCAAACAAAAUAAAUAAA